AUGGGGGGGGGACAACCAUGGUGCAGAAGACGCGGCCCCCCCCGGCCCCCCCCGGGUCCCCCCGGUUUGGGAGAGCUCGACCGGCUCCUCCGCGACCUCAACGCCACCCACAGUUCCAUCGCAGAUGAGAUCCUGGCCCAGUUCCCCCCACUGAAGACUCCCGAGGGGGUGAAGAAGAAGGAGGCGGCGGAUGAGGCCGAAGUCAGAAUAUCCCCCUCCUGCAGCUCGGGGACCCCCCCAGUGCCCCCAACCUCGGCAACCUCGGCCACCCAGGAGCUGGACAAGCUGAUGGCCUCGCUCUCCGACUUCCACCUCCGCCGCACCCCCCCCCAAAAAAAGGGGGUUCCCGAGGAGGGGAACCUGGACUCGAUGCUGGUGCUGCUGCAGUCAGACCUGAGCCGCCAAGGGGUCCCCACGGGGGCGAAGGGGGUUUGUGGGUCCUGCCAGAAGCCCAUCGCUGGGAAGGUGGUGAGGGCUUUGGGGUGCGCCUGGCACCCCGAGCACUUUGUCUGCGCCCGCUGCGGGGGGGAACUGGGGGGGGGCAGCUUCUUCGAGAAGGAUGGAGCGCCCUACUGCCCGCGGGACUACGGACGGCUCUUCUCCCCCCGCUGCGCCCGCUGUGCCCAACCCAUCCUCGAUAAAAUGGUGACGGCGCUGGACAAGAACUGGCACCCGGAGCACUUCUGCUGCGUCAAGUGCGGGCAGCCCUUUGGCGAGGAAGGUUUCCUGGAGAAGGACGGCCAGCAGUACUGCCGCCAGGACUUUGCCGAGCUCUUCUCCAGCCGGUGCCAGGGCUGCGGGCGGCCCAUCCUGGAGGGCUACAUCGCUGCCCUCGAGGGGCUCUGGCACCCCGAGUGCUUCGUCUGCCGGGAGUGUUUCGCGCCCUUCGUGGGGGGCAGCUUCUUCGAGGACGGCGGCCACCCCUACUGCGAGCGGCACUUCCACGCCCGGCGGGGCUCGCUGUGCCGAGGCUGCGGGGAACCCAUCGCCGGUCGGUGCGUCACCGCCAUGGCCCAACGUUUCCACCCCGAGCACUUCGUUUGUUCCUUCUGCCUCCGGCCCCUCUCCAAGGGCACCUUCCAGGAGCAGGAGGGCAAGCCCUACUGCCAGCCGUGCUUCCUCCGCCUCUUCGGGUGAGGCCACCGUGGCCCCCCCGCCCCCCCCCAGCCCCACCAAUGGUGCCCCGUGGUGUGGGGUGCCCCACAGAGGUCCGACGGACACCCCACGACCACCACGAGAACGUCCCACCGGCGCCCCGUUGCGUGGGGUGCGCCAUUGAGGUGGUCUUCAAGGUGCCCCGUGGGUGUGGGGUGCCCCACAGAGGUCCGACGGACACCCCACGACCACCACGAGAACGUCCCACCGGCGCCCCGUUGCGUGGGGUGCGCCAUUGAGGUGGUCUUCAAGGUGCCCCGUGGGUGUGGGGUGCCCCACAGAGGUCCGACGGACACCCCACGACCACCACGAGAAUGUCCCACCGGCGCCCCGUUGCGUGGGGUGCGCCAUUGAGGUGGUCUUCAAGGUGCCCCGUGGGUGUGGGGUGCCCCACAGAGGUCCGACGGACACCCCACGACCACCACGAGAACGUCCCACCGGCGCCCCGUUGCGUGGGGUGCGCCAUUGAGGUGGUCUUCAAGGUGCCCCGUGGGUGUGGGGUGCCCCACAGAGGUCCGACGGACACCCCACGACCACCACGAGAACCUUCCACGGGUGAACCACUGCAUGGGGUGCACCACUGGGGUGGUUGUGAAGGUGUCUUGGGGUGCUUAGAGGCUUCACGCACGACACCCGAGGUGUGCGAUAGUCUAGGGUGCCCCAUAGAGGUCAAAUGGGCACCCCAUUACCACCCUAUGGGUGCCCCACUGGAUGGGGUGCUCCAUGGACGUGGUCGUGGAG